GGUCCUCGCUGAGAGUCGAGGGAGAGGAAUGGGGGACCCUCGGGGAGCCGGAGCCGAACUGAGCGGUGCUCAGGGAGUCGACCCGGUAACACCGGAGCCUGGCUCAGCGUCGAUGGCGGGAGAACGAGAGGAGCCUAAGCAGGGAUCUAUCUUAUUUCUUGGAGGCAAUGAAAUAAAGAGCUGUGCUGUGGUAAAAUAUUCAUCUGCUCCACCACAAGCAGCAUUUGCCCGUCUCCAAGAGAAGACUGACCUAAAACUGCCCCCUGCAAACUGGUUACGUGAAAGUGCCAAAUUGGGACCAGCGGGGGCAACUAUUCUUGGUAACAGCAAGAAAAGCAAACCAUUUUCCAGCUUUGGCAUGGCAUAUGAAUUUAUUGACUCAAUUGGAAAUGAUGUGGAUGUUGUAUCUGAUUCUGAGAACAUUAAGAAGCUGCUUAAGAUUCCUUACAGCAAAUCACAUGUCAGUAUGGCUGUACAUCGGAUUGGGAGAACUCUCUUAUUGGAUGACCUAGAUAUUCAAGAGCUCUUUAUGAGAUCAUCACAGACUGGAGACUGGACAUGGUUAAAAGAAUUCUACCAGAGACUGAUAGAUCAGAAGUGGCAAAGAAAGAAGAAGAGCAAAGAACACUGGUACCAGAAAGCUAUACUUUCCAAAUUUCUGUAUUACAGCAUUAAUGGUGAUGGAGCUGCUCAGCCCGUUCCUAACCCUGAAGAGCAGCAUCAAGAAGAGACAGCUGGAGAUGAAGCUGAUGAAGCUGGAAGAGUUUCUUGGCCAGCCCCUUUUGAAAUGCCUUCCUCACUCUCUGAAGAUGCAAGUGCUUCUAAUCAGGGAAGUGUGCCUCUUGAACCCUCAUAUGUAGUGGGGCAUGUGACCUCAGCCCCCAAAGAACAAAACCUAGCUACUUUGUUCAAUGAUGGGGAAAGCAGUCAGGGUCUUAAAAAUGACUUUGUUCGGAACAUCUUGUGGACAUUUGAAGAUAUCCACAUGUUGGUUGGAUCAAAUAUGCCUAUAUUUGGAGGAGGAAGAUACCCUGCUGUGAGCUUGCGUCUCAGGGAUAACAAUAAGCCCAUUAAUGUGCUGACAGGCAUUGACUAUUGGCUGGACAACUUGAUCUGCAAUGUGCCAGAACUUGUAAUGUGUUUCCAUGUCAAUGGAAUUGUCCAGAAAUACGAAAUGAUUAAGACAGAAGAUAUACCCAAUUUGGAAAACUCUAAUUUCUCUACAAAAGUAAUAAAGGAUAUUGCUCAAAACAUUCUGUCUUUUUUGAAGUCUAACUGCACCAAAGAAGGACAUACAUACUGGCUAUUCAAGGCAAGCGGAAGUGAUAUAGUAAAGCUGUAUGACCUCACCACCCUGUGUGAAGAAACAGAAGAUAAAUACCAGAACCCUUUCACAAUGCCUGUGGCAAUUCUUCUGUAUAAAGUCGCUUGCAAUAUGAUGCUGAAGAAAAGCCAAAACAGGAAACAUUAUGGUACUAUCAGAACAUUGCUCCUUAACUGUGUGAAGUUAUUAGACAAGGGUAGACAUCCUCAGAUUAUUGCUUCAGCAAGCUACAUGCUCUCGGAACUGUUCCAGCUAGAUGAGCCUAAAAAAGACGAGGCUGGAGAGUUUCCCUUAAAUGGUCAUUCUGAUGAAAGCUACAGUGAAGAAGAAGAAGAAGACGAAGAACUGCCUGAUAGCGAUGAAAACGGAUCCUGUAGCACCAGCUCAGAUCCUCCUGAUGACAGCAAGGCAGUUGCUGUAAUCAAAUCUGUUGGAGAAUUGUCUGUACCUGAAAAAUACAAAUCUACUCACCAGAUACGUGUAAGAUGAUCCAGUAGGUGUGAUGUGGGCUCAGCAGGGUGAGAUCGGCUUUUUAAAGUAAUGUGGUGACCUGUCUAAAGGAUGGCAGCCUUAAGUAACAAA